AUGCAGAUUAUUCGUCUCUUUCGGAGAAUUCGCAGCCUUGCUGCAAGGAAACCCAAGGAACCGAAGAAGACGAAGCAAAAGACCCUGGGAGUAUGGCUAUCCCUCAAUGAAUCACUGACUGUUUUCGACGAAGAUACUCGCUUCUGGUGGGAAACGACCGGGCCCAUCCUUGCGCGCAUGAUGGAAUUAAUUGGGUACGAUCAAGAUACACAGCAUAAACAUUUGCUGUUUUACUACAUGUAUAUUCUACCAGCUCUUGGUAGAAGACCCUCACUCGAAGGCCACCCAAACGGAUGGGAAAGCUUCAUGACGGAUGACUGCUCCCCUCUUGAAUUGAGUUGGGAAUGGGGAAUGUCAGCCGGGGAGUCACGCGUUCGCUUCUCCAUAGAGCCAAUCGGAAAACAUGCGGGUAACUCAGCCGACCCGCUGAAUGAGAAGAUGGUAUUCCAACUUAUAGAUACGCUCCGGCCAGCGUUCCACAAGAGUCUGGACCUGACCAUUUUCGACGCGUUCUCUGAGGCUCUCACCACAACCUACAAAAAGCUCGACACAAAACACAUUUCGGUAAACGGGCGAUCGCAGCACUUUGUUGCUUUCGAUCUCGAUGUCGGAACUCCCUCCUUGAAGGCCUACUUUAUCCCUGGCCUGAAGGCAGUCGAGACAGAUACGCCGGUUCCCGAACUGGUGGUCCAAGCAAUCGACUCAUGCAAGGCGCAUCUUGGACCCGUUUUCAUGAACAACUUUCGCAGGUUCAACUCCGACCUGACGACAUUCUCCAAAACCAGUCCAAGUCGUCCCCAGAUCGAAAUCAUUGGCAUCGACUGUGUCGUCCCUGUCAAGUCACGAGUCAAGAUCUACGUCCGUCACAGAGAAACAUCUUUCGACAGCGUAUGUCGAAUGCUUUCACUGGGUGCCAGUAAGCCUCUCAACCCCACUUCAUUAGCUAGCUUGCGCGAAUUGUGGUCUUUGGUCCUUGGUCUGCCAGAAUACUUUUCCUCGGACCAAGAAUUGCCGAACGUCCCACACCGGACCUCGGGUAUCCUCUACUACUUCGAGAUCAAACCGGUGUCACACGAUAUAGUUCCAAAAGUGUAUAUUCCUGUCCGUCAUUAUGCCAAAAACGAUCUCUCCAUUGCCCAGGGGUUGGCCACGUACUUUGAGCGUCGCGGACAGUCGGCGAUGGCGGAUAAAUACGUCCAAGCACUUUCGGAUAUCUUUUCACAUAGAUCUCUCGACUCUGAACUUGGUCUGCAUACCUAUAUCACAUGCUCGUUCAAGAAGACAGGGCUGUCUGUGACGUCGUACUUCAACCCGGAGAUGUACCAUCCAAAUCGGUACAUCUCAUGA